AUGGCAGCUCGCUUUGUUCCCCGUGUUUUCCAGCAGGCUACUCGCGGCUACGCUUCGCAAGCCGCUGCCGUCCGUCCCCCCAUUCUCCUCAACGGUCUGCCCGGCAAGUACGCCUCAUCUGCUUACGUCGCCGCCCUGACCAAGUCGGACAAGACUCUUCAGGCAGUCGAGCGUGACCUGCAGGCCGUCGCUCACGCCCUCAGCUCGGGCAAGGACGCACAGAAGCUCCAGACCUUCAUUGCCAACCCCACCCUUUCCAACAAGGACAAGGUCUCCGGCCUCGAACAACUCAUCGGCUCCAAGUCGGACGAGGUCACCCGCAACCUCUUCUCCGUCCUCGCAGAGAACGGCCGUCUCCAGGACUCGGAGCGUGUAGUCGAGGAGUUUGCCCGCCUCAUGGCUGCUCACCGUGGAGAGGUCGAGGUGAUCAUCACCUCUGCUACUCCCCUGGACAAGGCGCACACCCAGCGCCUUGAGUCUGCUCUGAGCGAGAGCGCAGUUGCUAAGGAGGGAGGAGGACAGAAGAUCAAGUUCACGCACAAGGUCAACCCAGCCAUUCAGGGUGGUCUGACCGUCGACUUUGCUGGAAAGUCGGUGGACUUGUCGGUUGCGAGCAAGGUGAGGAAGUUGAACCAGCUCCUCGAGGAGGGUAUCUAA